GGCUGACGCUGCGGCGUCGACACGGCGCCUACCCCGCCGGAGCGGGGCGGAGGCAGCGCUAGGCCGCGGCGCGCUGGGCCGGCGGGGCCCGAGUGGCGGUUGCCCGGCUGCUGCCCGGCCCGGAGGCCGCCGCGAUGCUGGUGCCCGUGUUCACCCUGAAGCUCAACCACCGGAUCCUGCCCCGCAUGGUGGCGCUGGGCAAGUACGAUGGGACCCACCCGUGCCUGGCGGGCGCCACCCAAGCGGGCAAGGUUUUUAUUCAUAAUCCUCAUGCCCGUGGCCAGCAUGUAAGUGCAAAUCGUAUGAUGCAAAGCAGCCAGGAUUCUGAUAUUUCUCUUCUCAACAUUAACCAGGGGGUCAGCUGCCUGACAGCUGGAGUGCUGAAUCCCCAGCUUGGCUAUGAUUGUCUUCUAGUUGGAACACAGACUAAUUUGUUGGCUUACGAUGUGUACAACAACUCGGAUUUGUUUUACAGAGAGGUUACAGAUGGAGCUAAUGCGAUAGUGCUUGGAAUGCUAGGAGAUAUUUCCUCUCCUCUUGCUAUUAUUGGUGGAAACUGUGCUCUGCAGGGCUUUGAUCAUGAAGGAAAUGAUCUUUUUUGGACGGUUACUGGGGACAAUGUUCGUUCGUUAGCAUUGUGUGAUUUCGAUGGUGAUGGGAAAAAAGAGCUUCUUGUUGGGUCUGAGGAUUUUGACAUCAGGAUUUUCAAAGAAGAUGAGAUUGUGGCAGAAAUGUCAGAAACAGAGACCAUCACGGCACUUAGCCCUAUGUAUGGCAGUCGAUUUGGCUAUGCCCUAUCUAAUGGUACAGUAGGAGUUUAUGACAAGACAGCCCGCUACUGGAGGAUUAAAUCUAAAAAUCAUGCAAUGAGCAUACAUGCAUUUGACCUUAACUCUGACGGAGUAUGUGAAUUGAUCACUGGAUGGUCCAAUGGGAAGGUUGACGCACGCAGUGACCGAACAGGGGAGGUCAUCUUUAAGGACAACUUCGCUUCCUCAAUUGCAGGAGUGGUAGAGGGGGAUUACAGAAUGGAUGGUAACACCCAGUUAAUCUGCUGUUCAGUUGAUGGUGAAGUACGUGGCUACCUGCCAGGAAGCCAGGAGAUGAAAGGAAACUUGAUGGAUACCAGUGUGGAACAGGAUCUGAUUCGGGAGCUUAGUCAAAAGAAACAAAAUUUGCUGCUGGAAUUACGAAACUAUGAGGAAAACUCAAAGCAGGCUGAACUGAGCGCUCAGGUGAACGAAGCUGAUGGGCAGAAGGGAGUGAUUCCAGCUAACACCCAGCUGCAGACAGCCCUCUCAGUGAACCUGGGCUCUGACAGUAUGGCUCCCCACGUCGAGUUGUGUAUUUCCACAUCUAAUGACACAAUUAUCCGAGCCGUGCUGAUCUUUGCUGAAGGGAUAUUUGAAGGCGAGAGCCAUGUGGUUCAUCCCAGUCUCCAGAACCUCUCGGGUCGCAUUCAGGUUCCCCUUACUCCUCCCAAAGAUGUCCCAGUGGAUUUACACAUCAAAGCCUUUGUGGGUUACAGAAGCAGCACACAGUUCCAUGUCUUUGAACUGACAAGACAGCUACCCCGAUUUUCUAUGUAUGCUUUGAGCAGCCCUGACUCGGCCCCUGAACCUCAAAGCUUUGUUAACUUUACAAUCAGUGAGAGGGUACAAAGGGUUGUCAUGUGGUUGAACCAGAGCUUUCUGUUACCAGAGGAUGCAGAGCUCCAAAGUGCACCUUUUCAAGUCUGUUUCACUUCCCUGCGUGAUGCAGGACAGCUGUGCAUAAAAAUCAAACCCAGUGGGGAGAUUUCUAUCAGCACGGAUGAUAUAGAUCUAGCCGGUGACAUUAUCCAGUCAAUGGCCUCCUUCUUGGCAAUUGAAGACUUGCAGGUGGAAGCAGAUUUCCCUGUGUACUUUGAGGAGUUGCUGAAAGUGCUAGUUAAGGUGGAUGAAUAUCAUACAGUCCAUCAGAAACUCACUGCCGACAUGGCGGACCACUCCAACCUUAUCCGUAGUAUGUUGGUUCGAGCAGAAGAUUCACGCCUCAUGGGAGACAUGAGAAAUAUGAAGAAACGGUACAUGGAACUCUAUGAUCUUAACAGAGAUUUACUUAAUGAGUAUAAAAUUCGCUGCACCAACCACACCGAGCUGUUAGACAAUCUCAAAUCUGUAAAUCAAGCUAUCCAGAGAGCGGGGCAGCUGCGUGUUGGAAAACCCAAGACACAGGUGAUCACUGCGUGUCGGGAUGCCAUUAGAAACAACAACCUAAAUAUGCUCUUCAGGAUAAUGCGAGUGGGGACUGCAUCCUCGUAAAAGGGGAAUAGCGACUGCAUGGAGAUGAUACUUCCUUACAACAGGUGAUCUUAGACAAAUGAACAGAUGUCAUAGGAGCAGAUGUCCUGUAGUAUUUUCUUUCCGACUGUUCCGCAAGUAAGCCAUUGGGAGACAAAGGUAGGGAACUUGAUUGUGUAGCAAUGUAUAAGGGACCAAUACUGAGAAGCAGUUAAAUCAGCCUGCAGCUCCACCAUAUAAUGAAGUAAAUGGAAAGAUAGUUUGCUGUUUUUUAAAGUAAGCCAUCAGUUGGGAUAUGCUACUUUGGAGGCUAAAGGAUAGGAAAAUCUAUGGAGAAAGGCUCAGAGUUUUAAAGUGCAGAUGUGGUAUUUAUGUAAGUCACUCAAGACACUUGUAUAAUCCUGGAAUAGUUAUUUUUCUUACUGUAACUUAUUUAUGGAAUUUAUUAUAUUUUGCAGUUAUGGUAUCAGCUUUUCCAUUAAAACACAGAACUGUCA